AUGACAAAAGAAGACUUGUCAACGGAUAGUAAAGCCGGAUUAACCGACUGGCAAGCGAAGUGCAAUAGGUCUGCUGCUAGGCUCGUGUUUUCCAACCCGGGGAUAACCAAUUGUGAAAAAGUGACUUCCAGCCCUAGGCUGGCAGCGGCGUUUAUUGACGUACAAAAAGAGAACGUUUUCCGCCGCGCAGCAAAUGAUCAUAUAGUGUACCCUUUUAAGGCUGCUAAGAGGACGGGAUUCCUGAUAGCAGCAUCAGACAAAUCAACCAAUAAUGGCCUAAGUUUAGUUAGGUCUUUUGAUCUCAAUCUUUUUAAGUAUGCAACUGAAAAUGCAAACGCUUUUUACACUUUUUGCACCUCUGGUGACUACAUCAACCCAUUCAGUACUGAUGGAAGUUUUUGCAACCUUUUUGCCGAUUCGAGUCGGUUAGCGAAAAUAGCAGUUGCGACAUCUUUCCGCACCUUUCGUGCAAUUUUUUGGCUGGUUCAUCGGCUGUAUUGCCCAUCUUCGGCCAGUUCUCUUCUCUCAAAAAGUCUAGAUCCAUGUCAUCUGAACAAAGCCAAGUGA